GCUUUUCAGUGUGACAAAGCGAUUGAAUCGGCAUCGAUUGAUUCAUCAUUCGUUCAAUCUGCCUCUCAUUCUCUACCGGAUCAGCUACCGGAUCUCAUUCCACCCCAUCUAUUUUGUUUGCUUGGUUGUUUGCUCACUUUUAAACUUUGCCUUCGCACACAAGGCGUCAGCGAUUUCAACCAGAAGUUAUCAAGAUGAUUGACACUAGCAACAACAGCCGCAACCGUCACCGUCGAGCUCCAAGGAGGGGAAGCACGGGUCAAAUGAAUCGAAGCGAAAGCAGCCUCAUGGUGGACAACAUGCCAACAGCUAUGCCAACCGAUAUGUGCGUCAGUAAAGAACCUCGUUCGACCAAACGCGAACGACGCGUCAGUAUGGAGCAUGGCACCAACAACAAGUCAUCCACCACACCAAGUGGACGAACCAGCAAGCAAAAGCAAGGACGCCGUCGCAGCAGCAAGGGCCAUCCUCAUCCGUCGGAACCAACAACGACGAAUGAUACGACGAGUGAUAGAAAGCCGCGUCGGUCGUCGGGGCGACGCAGCCACUCGACGGGAACAAGCAGCAAGAACAACAGCAGCAACAAUAACAACAAGAGCCCCACCACCAAGCCCUCGCGAAGACAGUCACGACGAAGCAGUAUCGCUAGCAGCACUCCCACGCCAAAGCCUGCUGCUGCUGCCACGUUGACCAGGAGUCAAACCACACCUGCCCUGGCCACUCUGGCAGCCACGAGACAAAGGCGUCGCUUUAGUGGUCGACAAAAGCAGCAAUCUCCCCCACACCAACAAAACAAAAAGUUUGUCUCUACCGACAGCUUUGGUGACAACAUUUUUGCCUUGGAUCCCAAUCAAGUUCUGAGGCGGCAGGCAUUCGAGUUUGGGAAGUUUGAAAAUGUAAUGUGGGAAGAAGUGACGGUAACAACAAAACCCCGCAGAAGCAACAACAACCACAUGGAACUGCUCUGUAAUGUCGUGAAAGAAAAGAGACCGUCUGCUGACGGAACCAAUAAGAAUGUCAAGAGUGCAGCUAUCCGAAGGUACAAGGCAGCCAAGGCGUUUGCUCCCAGCCCGGAGCCUUUGGUGCUGAGCCGAGAAGCUCUGCAAGUGUCCUGUAACCUUCGAUUUUGAACCACGAUAUAUAUGUACAUAACAUUCUUUUAAAAUUCUAAAGCUAGCUAAAGAAGUAAAAGACAAUGAAGUACCAUGCCUAGACUAGCUAA